GAGGUCCACGUCGCUUCUCUCUAGAUUCUGAGCCAGAAUCCCAUCUGCCAAUCCUGUGGCCGUCCUUCCACGAUUUUCUCCCCCUUCCUCCUCAUCAACAAAAGGGCCUCGAAGCCCCAUUAGGUUAGUCGAUCAGAGAGGUUGAGGAAGAGAGAACAUGGCCGCCUCCGUGAGCCUGUCUUCGUCCUUCCAUGGAGGUUGGGGUUCCUCCGUAGCAGGGGAGGAGAGCAGCAGCAAGCUGGUGAGGUUGGCGGCGCCGAGCUCGGUGCGGACGGCGCGGCCCUGCAGGUCCAGCCCUGUCAUGAAGAACGUGAACGAAGGGAAAGGGUUGUUCGCACCGCUUGUGGUUGUGACGAGGAACAUCAUCGGGAAGAAGCGGUUCAACCAGCUCAGGGGCAAAGCCAUCGCCCUCCACUCUCAGGUGAUUACGGAGUUCUGCAAGUCGAUCGGGGCAGAUGGUAAACAGAGGCAGGGAUUGAUUCGUUUGGCGAAGAAGAAUGGAGAAAGGUUGGGAUUUCUGGCUUGACAUAUCAUAUGUAGGAGCAGCCCAGCCCCCAUUUCUCUGCUUUCCCUUCUUCCCAGUGUAUUUUACUUUUAUGAGAUGUAAAUGCUCUUCAAUGAUUCUUGACAAUAAUAACUAAACGGGUUUAAUUCUUGAA